AUGUUCGAGGAGUCGGGAUCACCUAAAAACUUUGAAAUCAAUUGUUCACCAGUUUCUGCUGGUUUGUCCAAUACUUGCCUUUCAUUGACUUCACAAACCUUAGCCUCAUCAUCACACUGCCCACCAGAUUGCCGUGCUGCCUUUGUUGAACCCUCUGAGACUUUGAUCAGCACAGACAGUAGAGAGAAAGUGCAUCCUGACACUAGCGUAGAUUCGCUCAGUAACCAACGUAGCAGGAAUUCAUAUUCACUUGGUUCGGAGUCUCCUCUUUCAUUGAGCACGAAAGACUGUCCGGUCGACGUCAGAGGAACCAGCUCCAAUUCUUCAGUUGAAGAACCUGGGACCAACCGAGAUGAUCGAUACCUGCAGCGGCGGCUGCGCAACAACCUGGCGGCCAAACGCUCAAGAGACAAUCGAAAGAGGCGCGAAGAUACGAUUGCUUUACGGGCAGCAUAUUUGGAGAAGUCAAAUAUGUUUCUUCAAGCCCAAAUAUUCGCACUAAAACGCGAGAUAUGCAUGCUCCGGGGAAUACCAUUUGAUCCGAAUUAUCGAGUAACUAUUCCCGAGAUUCUUUUCUCAGGAUCCGGUGAACAAGUUUGUUCUAGCUAUGACCAAGACAUUUCGUCGUCCAAUUUUUCACCAUUUGGAAUGGUGGCCUCAACAUCUGCUCCAAAUGCCUCCAUGACCACCUGCUCUAGCCAGAUAACUUCGUAUCUACCACACUGCCACACCCUUCCGGCGACUAGCUGCCGUACCACCCGGAGGAGGCACGAGGGCUGGGAUACUGCCAGGUUGCCCAAGCCUAGGCAGGGGAAUUCGAGAGGCAGAGGUCGGAUUCGAACUAUGGACCCUACGGUCCGCGCUCUAACCACUAAUCUGGUUGCGUCCGUCUAUUAG